UCUCGGGUUACACGGGUUGUAAUUCCAGAGCUCGGGUUGAUGAAGGAAACAACGAUGCCUUCAUUCAACCAGGCGGCCAUAAAGAAGAGCCGUCGUCCACGGAGGUUUGCAAGCUUUAUUUCCCCAAUAAUGGCGGCGCAAAUGUCACGGGUUGUCUUCGGGUUAUCACCGGGUUGUAAAAUGAUAUUAUCGGGUUGCUAUUAAAACGACACAGCCCGAUGCAAUGCGACAUUUCUGAAAAUGCAAUGCCAAUCCGUUUAGAGUGCUAAGUGAGGACAUGGGUGGGUGGCAAUGGCUUCUCUAAAGCAGUUUCCGACCUCUAAUGUUCAUCUCCGCCUCCUCUCAUCAUGCACACCGAAGAUGUCACCUAGAGAGCGGUCGGUUUUUCGGGUUAUCGGGCGGCCACAACGGGUAGGUCGGUUUUCUCGGGUUGUCUUUCGGGUGGGAGAUUUGCUGUAAAUACAGUUCGGGUUUGGUUGCAAACGACAGGGCGUGAUAUAAUACGACAUCUAUAAACAUGACGAUUUAUUUUUAAGCAUCGGAGUGACUGAACUGAAGUGCAUUCGAGUCGAGACGACAAACGACAAUGGCAGCUUCGAAGAUGGUAAUGGCUUCUCUGACUCACUUUCGCCCUCUAACGUGCACCGCCGCUUCCUCCUCAGCUUCUUAUCCUGGGCGCCUGGUGCCACAGCCGCAUGACUUGGUCAAGUGGGUCCGGAGGCAAGGAGGGUUCGUACACCGGGCAUUGAAGAUAGGCGAAGACAGCAGCCAUGGUCUUGGGCUUCUUGCGUCUGAGGAAAUUCCAAAGGGGUCCGAACUCAUUGCUCUUCCUGAACAUAUUCCUUUGAGGUUUGGGUCUCUUGAAUCGGACGAAAUUCACUCCGUUCUGGUCGAUUUUGCUCGCAAAGUACCUGAGGAACUAUGGGCGAUGAAAUUGGGUUUGAAGCUUCUGCAAGAAAGAGCAAAGGUCGGAUCCUUUUGGUGGCCAUACAUCAGCAAUCUCCCCGAAGCUUACAGCGUUCCAAUUUUCUUCCCUGGUGAGGAUAUUAAGAACUUGCAGUAUGCUCCUCUUCUUUAUCAGGUGAAUAAGAGAUGCCGAUUUCUUCUUGAUUUUGAACAAGAAGUCAGACGUGCUCUUGAAAAUUUGAAGCAAAGUGACCACCCAUUUGGUGGUCUAGAUGUGGAUGCAUCUUCCCUUGGAUGGGCAAUGUCAGCAGUCUCAUCUAGGGCGUUUCGGCUACAUGGUAAAAAGCUCCCAGAUGGUACUUGCCAGGAUGAUCCCAUGAUGCUUCCUCUCAUUGACAUGUGUAAUCAUAGCUUUGAACCCAAUGCUCGAAUAGUUCAGGAGCAAGGUGUGGAUAAUACAAAGAUGCUAGUGAAGGUUGUGGCAGAAACAGCAAUUAAACAGAAUGACCCUUUAGCAAUUAAUUAUGGCUGUUUAAAUAAUGAUUUCUUUCUACUGGAUUAUGGAUUUGUGAUAACGUCAAACCCUUAUGACUGUAUCGAGCUGAGAUACGAUGGAGCCCUUCUGGAUGCAGCAAGCAUGGCUGCUGGAGUUUCUUCCCCCAGCUUCUCUGCACCUUCUCCAUGGCAGCAACAAUUUCUAAGCCAGCUAGGUUUAGAGGGAGAGGCUUCAAAUCUCAAGGUAAGCCUAGGGGGUCCGGAAUUGGUAGAAGGUCGGUUAUUGGCGGCAUUAAGAGUACUUCUGGCGAAUGACAUGGAAGCAGUUGAGAAGCAUGAUUUGGAGACACUGAAAUCCUUAUCAGCCGAAGCUCCUCUUGGGGUUGCAAAUGAAGUAGCCGUUUUUCGCACAAUGAUUGCCCUUUGCGUGAUUGCACUCGGACACUUCCCAACUAAAAUCAUGGAAGAUGAAUCACUCUUGACAAAGGAUGUUUCAAGCUCUACAGAGUUGGCUAUCCAGUUUAGAAUUCAAAAAAAAUCCGUGAUAAUUGAUGUUAUGAAAAAUCUCACAAGGAGGGUGAAGUUACUGUCAUUGAAAGAAACGGUCACUGCCCAAGACUGAAUUUUUGUAAGCCUUAUUUAUUUGUUCAAGGCAUUUAGGUUUCUUAUUGCCAAAAUCAGAUUUUUUUAAGAAAACAAUAUUGCUGUUCAAGUUUUAGAUGGGUAUUGAGAGUUUUGUAAAAUGACUUUCGAGAAAUAUUUAUUUUGAGCUAAUAAAAAUAAAAAAUUAGAGCUAUAAUUAGUAA